ACAACUGUGCGGCGGUGAAUUGUGGGCUCGGCGGCAAGUGCGUGUAUAAGGAGAACGGAGACCCAACCUGCUCGUGCGAUGCGGGAUACCAGAUGCCUCCGGACAAGCUGGUCUGCGUCGACAAGUGUGCUUCGGUGAAUUGUGGGCCCAACGGCAAGUGCGAGAAGGAUGCGGCCGGAAAUCCGUUCUGUAACUGCACCACCGGAUUCAAGCCAUCUGCUGACAACCUUACUUGCAUCGACACCUGUGCUGCGGCGAAUUGUGGGCCCAACGGCACGUGUGUGAAGAAGCAGAACGGGGAUCCAACCUGCUCGUGCAACGCGGGCUACCAGAUGCCUCCUGACAAGCUGGUUUGCGUCG